ACAUGAUCUACCGAUUCACGAUCUCGGAGGCUGACCCGUUUGGCUUGCCAUACGCACGAGCUGUUAACAGCGAGCGCGCGCUUAAUCCGACGGUACGUGGGAUUGGGCGGGAAGAGUCGACUGAGGAAACACGGGAUUGGGUAGAUGGAAGUGUCAACCCGCUGCUGUGACUCAGAUGAGGAGAUGAAUCCACUUCGCUUCACUUCACUUUACCUCAACUGAACGCCGGACGGAGUUUCUGUUCGGCGGUCGCGGAGAAACAGACCUUACUAUUGACCUAAUUGGACGUUCUGGACAAAAAGCAGGGAUAUUAAGGGACAAUACUCUAUUCAAUGAUGGCUUUCAUGGUAAAACACGUAGUCGGCGGUCAGCUGAAGAACCUGACUGGAGGUCUGAAGGAAGAUAAAUCUGACGGAGACAAAUCCGACGCCGGGGCGAAAGGAAUGACACAAGAAGAGUUAGAGCAGUACCAACAACAGCUGGAGGAGGAAAAGCAAGAGCGAGACGCCAGUUUUGCCCAGAAGAAGGCGGAGAGGGCGACAGUCAGGUCUCACUUUAGAGACAAGUACAGGUUGCCAAAGAACGAGCUGGACGAGACUCAGAUCCAGGCAGCAGCGGACGACGUCGAGCUCCCCACCGAACUGGCCAAGAUGAUCGCCGAAGACAACCAGGAGGAGGAACAGAAGCAGUCUGUUCUGGGUCACCUGACCAACAUCCAGAACGUGGACAUGGGUCACCUGAAGGACAAAGCUCAGGCCACACUGGAGGACCUGAAGAGCUCAGCGGAGAAGUGCUGCGUCAUGUGAUCUCACUGCAUCCUCACACCUGGACACGGUUCUUCUGUCCUCAUCCCUGUAUCUCCUCCACACACACACACACACACACUCACACACACUCACACACACACACACACACACACACACACACACACUCACACACUCACACACUCACACACACUCACACACACUCAC